UCGUUGCCUAGUACCAUAUAAUACUGUUACAAUUUUGAGCCUUUAUUUAGGACAAAAUUUUCACAUUUGUCUACCGUGACUUCUCUUGAUCGAGCAGAGCCACUCUCGAAUGCACACUCAGACUCAGUCAGGACCCCUCCUUUUCUCUCUCGGCAACGGCCAAAGCUACACCCGCCCGACUCCACUAAGCCACCUCACCACCACCGACUGCCCCUCCCCAGCCCCUUCCAUUUCCACUUCACUUCACCGGCUCAGACUCUUUGCAAUACAUCAGUUCAGGUCCAUCUAGACAUCAUCUGCCAGCCAUGUCCUAUAUUAUUCGCAGUUUAUCUCGGCUUGGAGUAAAUAGGGUCCGAAAUUUCAAUUAUAGCUACAGUACAAUGGUGCAAGCUGAAAUGUCUACCCAAAGGACUUCUCAGGCAUUGGUGGAGAAUCAACACAACAUCCAUUCUCCUGGUCAGUGUCUUGAUGAAGAUGACAGAGAUGCUGAAAAGCAGCGAAUCUCGAGGAAUAUUUCUAAGAGGGAGAAGGGCGAAUUUCUUGUAAAGACACUAAUUGAUCUCAAGGACAGACUGGACAAUAAGGAAUCCGUUUAUGGUGCUCUUGAUGCCUGGGUUGCUUGGGAGCAAAGCUUUCCGAUAGCAUCACUAAAAAAUGUGAUAAUUGCUCUGGAGAAGGAAGAAGAAUGGCAUAAAGUUGUCCAGGUUAUUAAGUGGAUGCUAAGCAAGGGGCAGGGAACUACAAUGGGUACAUAUGCACAGUUGAUAAAUGCUCUAGAUAUGGAUAAUAGAGUAGAUGAAGCACAUGCGUUUUGGCAGAAGAAAAUUGGCAUAGAUUUGCAUUCAGUUUCUUGGCAGUUGUGCAGACGUAUGAUAGCUAUAUACUAUCGAAACAACAUGAUGGAAAACUUGGUAAAGCUUUUCGAGGGGCUGGAAGCUUAUGAUCGUAAACCUCCGGAGAAAUCAAUAGUGCUAAGAGUAGCAAAUGCAUAUGAGCUUUUAGGCAGGGUUACAGAAAAGGAAAGAGUUCUAGAGAAGUACAAGCAUCUUUUCAUCGAAGAUAGAUCACCCAAGAAAUCACGAAAGGCAUCUUCUAUGAUAAAAAAGUAACCAUGUAGAACUCUUCUUUUGUUGCUUGAUGGUUCUUUAGUAAACCUGUGAAAGAUCAAGUAUUACCUAUUGUAAAUUUUUAUGGCUGGUGGAAGCAAAAUAAACAUAUUGUAUUUUUUUGGCAUUGAUAAUUUUAUUGGAAGGAACUAGGGCCUUUUACACUCUCA